GCUAGCGGGCGCCGAGCGGGAGCCGCGCGGGAGCGGCGCAGCGACAUCGGCGGCAGUGGCGGUGGCGGUUGCAGCUCGGAGCCGUUGAGGCGCCUCUGCGGCAGCUGGUGGCGCAGGUGGCCGGCGUGGACGUGGGCAGGAGCGGCCAGCGCGCCCCGCAGCCCCAGCGCCGCCGCCCGGCAGGCGCGUCGGGACACCCCGAGGCAUCCUCCCCCGCCCGCGGGCCCGCCAGUCCCAGCUCGGCGUCUGUGCUCUCGCAUCUCCUGAUCGCGGCUGCGCUGCUCCCCCUUCUGGUCUUGGGACUCCCGGCGUCGCCCCUCCAACAUGACUCGCGAUUUCAAACCUGGAGACCUCAUCUUCGCCAAGAUGAAAGGUUAUCCUCAUUGGCCAGCUCGAGUAGAUGAAGUCCCUGACGGAGCUGUAAAACCACCCACGAACAAACUACCCAUUUUCUUUUUCGGAACCCAUGAGACUGCUUUUUUAGGACCAAAGGACAUAUUUCCUUAUUCAGAAAAUAAGGAAAAGUAUGGCAAACCAAAUAAACGAAAAGGUUUUAAUGAAGGAUUGUGGGAGAUAGAUAACAAUCCGAAAGUGAAAUUUUCAAGUCAACAGGUAUCAACUAAACAAUCAAAUGCAUCAUCUGAUGUUGAAGUGGAAGAAAAAGAAACUAGUGUUUCAAAGGAAGACACUGAUCAGGAGGAAAAAGCCAGCAAUGAAGAUGUGACUAAAGCAGUUGACAUAACCACUCCAAAAGCUGCAAGGCGAGGAAGAAAGAGAAAGGCUGAAAAACCAGUAGACACUGAAGAGGCAGGAGUGGUGACUGCAGCAACCGCUUCUAAUGUGAAAGCAAGUCCUAAAAGAGGACGACCUGCAGCUACUGAAGUCAAGAUUCCAAAACCAAGAGGCAGACCUAAAGUGGUAAAACAGCCUUGUCCUUCAGAAAGUGACAUGGUUAUUGAUGAAGAUAAAAGUAAAAAAAAGGGACCAGAGGAGAAACAACCUAAAAAGCAGCUUAAAAAAGAGGAAGAAGGCCAAAAGGAGGAAGAGAAGCCAAGAAAAGAACCCGAUAAGAAAGAAGGAAAGAAAGAAGUUGAUUCUAAACGGAAAAAUUUAGCUAAACCAGGGGUUACAUCAACCUCUGAUUCAGAAGACGAAGAUGAUCAAGAGGGUGAAAAGAAGAGAAAGGGUGGAAGGAACUUCCAGGCUGCUCACAGGAGGAACAUGCUAAAAGGCCAACAUGAAAAAGAAGCUGGAGAUCGGAAACGCAAGCAGGAGGAACAAAUGGAAACUGAGCAGCAGAAUAAAGAUGAAGGAAAGAAGCCAGAAGUUAAGAAAGUGGAGAAGAAGCGAGAAACAUCAAUGGAUUCUCGACUUCAAAGGAUACAUGCUGAAAUUAAAAAUUCACUCAAAAUUGAUAAUCUAGAUGUGAACAGAUGCAUAGAGGCACUGGAUGAACUUGCUUCACUUCAGGUAACAAUGCAACAAGCUCAGAAACACACAGAGAUGAUCACAACCCUAAAGAAAAUACGGCGGUUCAAAGUCAGUCAAGUUAUCAUGGAAAAGUCUACAAUGUUAUAUAACAAGUUUAAGAAUAUGUUUUUGGUUGGUGAAGGAGAUUCAGUCAUCACCCAAGUGCUGAACAAAUCCCUUGCUGAACAGAGACAGCAUGAGGAAGCAAAUAAAACCAAAGAUCAGGGGAAGAAAGGGCCAAACAAAAAGCUAGAGAAGGAACAAACAGGUAUGAAGAGCCUAAAUGGCGGACCUGAUGCUCCAGAGAGUAAUCUUCCACAGCAUAACGGUGAUAGUAACGAAGAAAGCAAAGACAGCCGCAGCGAGGCCAGCAGUAAGACAAAGCCACCUGGAGAAGAGAGAGAGGCUGAAAUAUCUCUGAAGGAGUCUACACUAGAUAACUAGGUUGGCAGACUUCAGAUGCAAAGAAUAUGUGAGAAGUCUGUCUUGAGUGACUUCAUUUGAAAUACUUAGGCUGCUGAAAGGUUUAAAGUUUUAUAAGCAUAGGUUUUGAUGUUUAAGUAGUUGGGGAAAAGAAAAACCCUUUAUAUUUGUGUAAAAGUCAAUUAUUGCUAAUUUUCCGUGUGCAGUAUUAACAGCUCCGUCGUUUAGUUUAAGAGUAAGGGAAACCUACUUAGAAAGGUUGACCUGCUUUAUAGACAUGACUGUAGUGUAUUUUCAGUUAGUGUGUGUGUUAAUGUGUAAUUGGUAGUAGGGCAGUUAUAUUUUAAAACUGCUACUUGUAUAAAUCUUUCCCAAAUACCGUGGGUUUUGUGCAGUUUUUACAGAUACUGGAUUUACCAGACUGUCUUUUCACUGUUUGUGGGUUUUUAGAAGUUGAGCAUUUUUAUGGCUGAUAAAGUGAAUGUUACUUCUAAGUGCUCACUCCUUCUAUCAGAAGUGAACCUCAGUCCAUUGUGCUACAUUAGCUUGCCUCUUUGUAACAAUGUGUAGUCUGUAUGACAACUAGAUAGCCACCAGGUUGUUAUAGAAGGUACAAACUUGUUUACUUUUGAAAGUAAUUUAGUUUUAGGACUGGGAUUUCAGUGGCAUUAGAGCUAAAGACUGGUAUAUCUACAGAUAGAAAGUCCACCUACAAUCCUUUAUAGCUACUAAUCACAAAACCUAAAACUAGUUUGUUUUGAACCUUACAAUCUUAAGAAGGUCACUCAUUAAGAUGUGUGUUUUCUCUUUUUUAAUUAGAAUCAAUCCAUGAUGCUUAUAAGUGAUAAAUAAGGAAACUAACUUAAUUGAAAACAUAGCCAUAUUGGAAUGGGAUUUUAGAUUCUCUAUCAGGCAUAUCAGAGGAUACAGAAAAAACAAAUAUCAGUUGUUCCCAGGUAGUAACCAGACAGUCCACACACACAAACAUGAGCUAUCACUCUGUUAAAUUUAGGGAGAACAUUUCACAGGUGUUCUGAGUAAUCAGGUCAGGUGUUGGUUUUUACUAGGUAGGAAAGUUCAUCCUUAUGUUUUGAAAUUCCAUUGGAAAGUGACUUAAAACCAGUGUUUUUGUGCGAUGCGAUUAAAUAUGUUCUUGAUUUCUCAGAUAAUUAUUUUCAUCUAUGUUAAAAAUUACUUCAAUAAUUGGACUUUUGCUUUAAUAGCCCUUACAAUUUAACUACUGUUUUGAGCAAAUGCUGUACAUUAUAUAUACACCAGUCUUCUGUUUUGUCCUUAGUACAUUUUUAACUUGGACAAAAAUUAUUCUAGUUAAGCCAUAAGUGUCAAUGUGUAAAUUGUUUUAAUUAAAGUUUUUUUCUACCAAA